UGGUGAUGUAAUGCUGUGUGUGUGGGGUUGGUGUUGGCACUUUGCUCCUCCUGCGGGGUAGUUGCUGCUGCUGCUGUUUUUUUAAGAAAGAGGGGGGAAAGGUCGAAAGGGGCAAAGCUUCAGGACUUUUUGAUGGUUGUCUUUAUUUGCGAAGGGCGGAAUUUGCUGCAGUAGCCAGGGCUCCUGAGACGCAGUGUAUCCUCGGGGAUGAAGUCGAUACAAAGUAGCGGCGGGCGCGGCUGGCGCUGGCUAUGAGUUGGGAGAGAUUGGUUACAAUUGUAUCCCCGCGCAGGCAGCGGUAACAUUGUAUCCAGGCGCCCACUAGCUCGCACUCUCUGUCCCUCCCGCAUCUCAGCCGUCUGCACUCCAACCGACUGUCCGCCCUGCCGCCUGCUUCCUCAGCAGGGGACUAUUUGCUGUAAAGUGAGAGAGCAACACAAGGAGCAAGAUGUCUGGAGCAUCUGUCAAAGUCGCUGUGCGGGUUAGACCCUUCAACUCCAGAGAGAGUGGCAAGGAUUCUAAAUGCAUCAUUCAGAUGCAGGGCAGCUCCACCAGUAUUAUCAACCCGAAGAAUCCAAAGGAAUCACCAAAGACCUUCAGCUUUGAUUACUCCUACUGGUCACAUACCUCGGCUGAAGAUCCAGCCUUUGCUUCUCAGCAUCAAGUCUACAAUGACAUUGGUAAAGAAAUGCUGCAGCAUUCAUUUGAGGGUUACAAUGUAUGCAUUUUCGCAUACGGUCAAACUGGGGCAGGGAAGUCCUACACCAUGAUGGGAAAGCAAGAUAAAGACCAUCAAGGGAUAAUCCCACAGCUUUGUGAAGAGCUCUUUGAGAAGAUAAAUGACAACAGUAAUUCUGAUGUGUCAUAUUCUGUGGAGGUCAGUUACAUGGAAAUUUAUUGUGAAAGGGUUCGAGAUCUGCUAAAUCCCAAGACCAAAGGAAAUCUACGUGUCAGAGAGCACCCACUGCUGGGACCCUACGUAGAAGAUCUUUCCAAACUGGCUGUAACAUCUUAUACAGACAUUGCAGAUCUCAUGGAUGCAGGGAACAAAGCCAGAACUGUGGCAGCUACUAAUAUGAAUGAGACCAGCAGCAGAUCUCAUGCUGUUUUCACCAUAGUUUUUACCCAGAAGAAACAUGAUGCAGAAACAGAUCUUUGCACAGAGAAGGUGAGCAAAAUCAGCCUAGUCGAUCUAGCUGGUAGUGAACGGGCUGACUCUACUGGGGCUAAAGGAACAAGAUUAAAGGAAGGAGCAAAUAUCAACAAAUCACUUACAACAUUAGGAAAAGUUAUCUCUGCCCUUGCAGAAGUGGACAAUGCUCCCAGUAAGAGCAAGAAGAAAAAGAAGUCUGACUUCAUUCCCUACAGAGACUCUGUAUUGACCUGGCUUUUGAGGGAGAAUCUCGGUGGAAACUCACGUACUGCAAUGGUUGCUGCUCUUAGUCCAGCUGACAUAAACUAUGAUGAAACUCUCAGCACUUUAAGGUAUGCAGAUCGUGCAAAGCAGAUUAAGUGCAAUGCAGUGAUUAAUGAAGAUCCAAAUGCAAAACUUAUCCGAGAACUGAAGGACGAAGUCACAAGAUUGAAGGACUUGCUGUGUUCUCAGGGUCUGGGAGAUAUCUUAGACAUUGAACCAAUGACUGAUGAUUACUCUGGAAGUGGAAUCAAAUACUUGAAAGAGAUACAGAACAGUAAACAUAAGUACAAACUAGCUUCAGGAAAUCAAAGGCCUGGCCAUUUCUCCACAGCACCAGUGGGUACACUGACAGCUUCCCCUUCCUCAUCUUCGCUGAACAGCCAGCCAGGUAUUCAGUCAGUGACCAGCCUACAGGAGAGAAUAAUGUCAACUCCGGGUGGUGAAGAGGCCAUUGAACGCUUAAAGGAAUCAGAAAAGAUCAUCGCUGAGCUGAAUGAGACCUGGGAGGAGAAGCUGAGGAAAACUGAAGCAAUUCGAAUGGAGAGGGAGGCCCUCUUGGCUGAAAUGGGAGUUGCUAUACGAGAGGAUGGAGGCACUUUGGGAGUAUUUUCCCCGAAAAAGAUUAAUGACCGGUCAUCAUCUGACUUGUUUGAAUCAGAUGAAAUGUUUACUCCUGAAAAGGAUUUGAUUCCAAGGCCAUGUGACCUUUUUGCUGACUCGUAUGGUGUAUUCUCUCCAAAGAAGACACCACAUCUUGUGAACCUCAAUGAGGAUCCUCUCAUGUCAGAGUGUCUUCUUUACUACAUCAAAGAUGGCAUCACCAGGGUUGGCCAGGCAGAUGCCCAGAGACGUCAAGAUAUUGUUCUCAGCGGUGCCCAUAUUAGAGAAGAGCACUGUAGUUUCAGGAGUGACAAGAAUCCAAAUGGAGAAGUUAUUGUUACUCUGGUGCCCUGUGAAGGAUCUGAAACUUACGUGAAUGGCAAACGAGUUGCCAAUCCAGUGAAACUGCGUUCAGGGAAUCGUAUUAUUAUGGGCAAGAAUCACGUCUUCCGAUUCAAUCAUCCUGAACAGGCACGUGCUGAACGAGAGAAGACCCCAUCUGCUGAGACGCCAGUUGAACCUGUUGAUUGGGCGUUUGCUCAACGAGAACUUCUGGAAAAGCAGGGGAUAGAUAUGAAACAAGAAAUGGAGAAAAGACUACAAGAAAUGGAGAUUUUGUAUAAGAAAGAGAAGGAAGAGGCUGACCUACUUCUGGAGCAACAGCGCUUGGACUAUGAAAGUAAGCUCGAAGCUUUACAGAAACAAGUGGAAACCCGUUCACUCGCUGCAGAAACAACCGAGGAAGAGGAGGAGGAGGAGGAGGAGGAGGAAGUGUCCUGGACCCAACGUGAUUAUGAGCUGGCAGAGUGGGCAUUCAGGAAAUGGAAGUAUCACCAGUUUACAUCUUUGCGUGACCUACUCUGGGGGAAUGCUGUCUAUCUAAAGGAGGCUAAUGCUAUUAGUGUUGAGUUGAAGAAAAAGGUGCAAUUCCAGUUUGUGUUGCUCACAAACACGCUAUACUCCCCUCUUCCGCCUGAAUUACUCCCUGCUGAGGCCGAAUCGGAUCGUGAAGUUCAACAAUUCCCAAGAACUGUUGUUGCAGUGGAGGUACAAGAUCUGAAGAAUGGUGCAACACAUUAUUGGUCCUUGGAAAAACUCAAGCAGAGAUUGGAGCUAAUGCGUGAAAUGUAUGAUCGUGCUGGAGAGAUGGCCUCUGCCACACAAGAUGACAGUGAGUCCAUCAUGACAGGCAGUGACCCGUUUUACGACCGCUUCCAUUGGUUUAAACUCGUGGGAAGUUCCCCAAUCUUCCACGGCUGUGUGAACGAGCACAUUGCCGAUCGCACACCCUCGCCCACCUUCUCCACAGCCGAUUCUGACAUCACUGAGCUUGCUGACGAGCAGCACGAUGAAAUUGAGGACCUGGAUGACGAGGCCUUUGUGGAUGAUACUAGCUCAGACCUCGGCAAUGAAGAGGGAUCAGACAUCUUCGGAGAUGGACAGGAUCCAUUUUAUGACCGGUCCCCCUGGUUCAUUUUAGUGGGAAGGGCAUUUGUAUACCUCAGCAAUUUGCUGUAUCCAGUGCCCCUCGUUCACAGAAUUGCUAUUGUCAGUGAGAAGGGGGAGGUCCGAGGCUUCCUCAGAGUGGGCGUACAGUCCAUCACAGCUGAUGAGGAGGCACCAGACUAUGGAUCUGGUGUACGCCAGUCUGGUACUGCUAAAAUUUCAUUCGAUGAUGAGAACUACAGAGAGAGUGAUGUAUCUUCUAUUGUAAUGUCACGUUCUGGGCUCUCAUUGGAGGAGCUUAGGAUUGUUGAAGGGCAGGGUCAGAGCACAGAGGUCAUCACCCCAUUGGAAGAGAUGAACAGAAUCAAUGAGCUGGAUUUUAAAUCGAACACUGAGUUGGACCCCAAACUGUCCCUGGGGGAGAUGCCUGACAGCAUUGGCGAACACCUGAAAGUUGGCAGUGUUUUCACUUUCCGAGUGACAGUACUACAGGCCAGUGGGAUCCCACCAGAAUAUGCUGAUAUAUUCUGUCAGUUCAACUUCCUGCACCGUCACGAUGAAGCUUUCUCGACUGAACCCCUGAAGAACAGUGGCCGGGGAACACCACUUGGUUUUUACCAUGUGCAGAAUGUUGCUGUCGAAGUAACUGAAUCAUUUGUAGAAUACAUCAAAACAAAGCCAAUUGUAUUUGAGGUAUUUGGGCACUACCAACAGCACCCUUAUUAUUAUCAAGGACAAGAUUUCAAGAGCCCACCACAACCAGUUCGCAAAUAUUUCCCUCCUCCAAUGCCUCUUUCAAAGCCAGGCCAUGAGCGAAAGAUUGAGUUGAUUAGAUAUCUGAUGUCUGGCUAUGUAAAUGUACAGUUGCUUGAUGCUCUGUCUGAGAAUGCCAACACGUUAGUCUCAUCCACUGCCGGCUCAUUCAUCAACAGUGCUGAUCAGCUGCCAGAAUUUCUCUUAAAUCCUCUUCCCAUAUGUCACGUUCUGAAAGUUCCGAAGCAUCAUGUUCCAGCCACGAAGGUGAAUGCCAUGAGCAAACCUACCCUGGGGCAAUGUGUCAGCAAGUAUGAUUUGCUUGUCUGGUUUGAGAUCAGUGAACUGGAACCAACAGGAGAGUAUAUUCCAGCAGUUGUGGACCAUAGUGGAGGCCUACCAUGUCAGGGCACCUACCUGCUUCAUCAGGGAAUUCAGCGCAGGAUUACAGUAACAAUUGUGCAUGAAAAGGGCAGUGAACUUCAUUGGAAGGAUGUUCGAGAGUUGGUUGUUGGUCGCAUCAGGAAUAAGCCCGAGGUGGAUGAAACUGUCGUAGAUGCUGUUUUGUCUUUGAAUAUUAUUUCUGCAAAGCAUAUCAAAUCUUCACAUGAGGCCCAUAGGCUGUUUCUUGAUUUGGAUUUACCUAGGAGUUUUUAUCGGUUUGAGGCUGUUUGGGAUAGCUCUCUGCACAACUCCCUGCUCCUAAACCGUGUGACGCCGUAUGGUGAAAGAAUCUACAUGACCCUUUCUGCCUAUCUGGAGCUUGACCAUUGUAUCCAACCUGCAGUCAUCACCAAGGAUAUCUGUAUGAUCUUCUACUCCCGGGAUGCCAAGAUCUCACCUCCACGGUCACUGCGUAAUUUGUUUGGAAGUGGCUAUGCAAAGACACCCGACUGUAACCGAGUGAGUGGAGUGUAUGAGCUCAGUUUGUGCAAAAUGGCUGACACAGGGAGCCCUGGAAUGCAAAGAAGGAGGAGAAAGAUUUUGGACACUUCUGUUGCCUACGUACGAGGGGAAGAGAAUCUAGCAGGUUGGAGACCCCGUGGGGACAGCCUCAUCCUCGAACACCAGUGGGAACUGGAAAAACUGGAUCUCUUGCUUGAGGUUGAGCGGACGCGCCAUCUCCUGCUGCUGCGUGAGAAACUGGGCGAGACGACUUCUAAGUCUCUCUGCGAUUCCAUCUCGCCGAGUAUGAGUAGUGGUACGCUCAGCACCUCCACCAGCAUUUCCUCACAGAUAUCGACCACCACAUUUGAGAGCGCUGUCACGCCCAGCGAGAGCAGUGGGUACGACUCUGCUGACAUCCAGAGCCUUGUCGAUCGAGAGAAGGAGCUGGCAACCAAGUGCUUGCGACUUCUAAUGCAUACCUUUAAUAAAGAAUUCAAUCAAGUCUGCAGCAGCAUCAGUGACAGCAAGCUUUCAGAUGUAAACUCUCCGAUUGGCCGCGAUGCUUCUGUAUCCAGUUUCAGCAGCACCACGCUCACUCCUUCCUCCACCUGUCCAUCGCUCGCAGACUCCCGGUGUAACUCCGUUGAUCAGAAGACUCCAGAGGCCAACUCGAGAUCUUCUAGUCCGUGUGUGGAAUUUGACGGCUUCUCCAUGGUUUCUCGAGUCGAAACGUCAUACCUUGCCAGAGCGGGGAAGAAUGAAUUUCUGAACCUGCUUCCUGACAUUGAGGAGAUCAGGACUGGUCCCGUGGUGUCGAAGAAAGGAUAUCUGCAUUUCAUGGAACCACAGUCUAAUUCUUGGGUGAAGCAUUACGUUGCUAUCCGUCGUCCAUAUGUGUUUAUCUACAAUAGUGAUAAGGACCCUGUGGAAAGAGGCAUUCUUAAUUUGUCUACAGCGCAGGUGGAGUACAGUGAGGAUCAACAGGCUAUGUUAAAGACAUCGAACACGUUUGCAGUGUGCACAAAACAUCGCGGAAUACUUCUGCAAGCAAGCAACGACAAAGAUAUGUACGACUGGUUGUAUGCUUUCAAUCCACUGUUAGCUGGUUCAAUCAGGUCAAAACUCGCUAGGAGACGUUCAGGGCAACAAAUGAUGUAAAAGAAAAAUCCUUUCUCCAAAGGCAAGAAAUGAAGUAACAAUUCUGACUUGCCUUUCAAACGUAGAAGAAUUGUUCUUAACCUUUUGUGAUUCUUGACGGUUUCUCAUGUACACGUGGCUUAACACUCUAUCUAAGCACCUUUUUUUUUCUAGUUAACAAAAUAUCGCUUUUUCUUUACAUCCAUUCCAAAUCUCGUAGUAGCAUGUUGUAAAAUAGUUGAGUGUGUGCAUGAUUCUCAACACGUUCCAUUUCUGCUUUCUUCUUGUGUCUGUAGGAUGUCCUUGUCUGUGUUUCCUGUCAAACUGUAGCCUUUAAUUUGCAAACCAUGGGGUAAUUGCAACUGGCCCUUGGCGUAUGUAGCUGUAAGAUAAAGUGGAAAAUAGCAGUUUUGGCUCUUCCUCUGAUAGGCAGUAGCCUAAAUACCUUCAGGAAUACGGUGUUCUGGAAUAUUACGUGUGGUGAUCUCCAGCAUUCUAGAACAUCACAGCUGCCAGGUCGUUUUAGAUGGGACGUUUUUGAUGAUUGCAUCAGUUGCGAAAUUUCCUGGAUUGUUAACUGUGGAUUGGUGACACUAGGGUGAAGCCCACUCUGAGGAAGUGCAGUCCUACUACUUAGUAGGAAAACUAGCCAAUCUUGAAAGCUAGCCCGCUCAGUUUGGUGAAGUAAUGAGUAGCAGGAAGACCACAGUCUGGCUUUGCUGCUGCUGUAAGCACACACUGCAAUGGUUGGCCUGUCUCCUUUCCUAUCUAUCUAUUUUCUGCAUGCAUGCGUAUCCAGGGGGGUACAUUUGCCCGAGGUUGCUCCUCCUUACCUUGGUGCAAAGCAGAUAACAGCAGACUUUCGCAAAUUGCUUUCUGGACUUCCAACAAUGCACAUGUUCCUCACUUCCAAGUGAUAGAACGAGAUGCCUAAAUAGUUCCUUACAGUAUAAUCAUCAUUAAUCAGCAGCAGUAUCCCAGAAUAACUGACCCAAGGUCAAGUAAUUCCACAUCACUGCUGUGCCAGAUGGAGAGUUGAAAGUACUCUACAAAUCCUGCGCCAUGCUGUAUUCUUGCAUAUGACCACUUGCAUUACAAAUAAAUUUGCAGACUUAUCCUUAAAGUCACAAUCAGGCACUUGCUGACCCUUUUAAUUGCUGGCCUCUAACCACCAGAUACUCUGCAGCUAAAGUUGCUAUUUCAAAACAAGGUGCAUUUUAGAAAGUAGCAAAUGAUAAAUAGGACUCUGUUAAAGUUGUGGACCAGUAUUCACACCUGUCUGUACCAGUGAACUAAAUGCAGCAUUUAAGGUACAGAUGUUGAGGCAGUCCUCUCAACGUCUCAUCACGAGAUCAUCUCUAAUGUAUUUCAGUCUCUACGAUUAACCAAGAAUAAAUUUGGUCGAAGGGACUAGGAUUUCAUUCCUCAUUAUUCCUCUGAAGUUGUACAUUUUUAGAAUGAUUUUCAGUUUUUGCAAACCAUUUUGUAUCUUGACUGUCACCGAUGCAUCCCUAAGAGGUGUCUGCUAAAACAUCCUUUGCCAAAUGCAUUAUCCUUUCCACCAAACAAGGUAUAUAAUACACAAGUUGAGCGCAACCACGUUUACAGACAAUUGCAUGUCAGUAUUUCUCAUUAAUUUUGAGUUAAAGAUGUCAACCGAUAGCCAAAAUAAAUUGCACAAAUUUGUAUAACUGUAGGUUGAUUAGAUUCUGUGGAGGGAAAACACAAUGGAAUGUGAUGACAUGCAAACUAUUUAUUAGAAAAAGUUGAAAGCAUUUAGGAUAUGAUUGGCAAUCAUUUGGCAUUUUGCCAGGCUUGGUUAAUAGGAAAAACAGUCAAUAGUCUUAUCCUUCAUCUGUUCUAUCUGGCCCAACAGGAUAAUAUAGGCUUCCCUGGGCAUCUCCAAAGAGCUUUGUUUGUCGUAGGGUUUUUCCCUCUAGCUAUUUUCAUGUUGCUGCACAGGAAACGUGUACUUUGAAUGUAUUGUAGCUGCAUUCUAAUGUGUGUCAUGAAAACACUCUCCAAUAAUUCUAAACAAAAAUGAAGUGUAAUUGUACAAUGCACACAGACCUUACGUGGUCGCAUGCAGUAGUAAUUAUAUCACAUUUAGCAAACCAGCACAGGCAAAUUAGCAUUGCUGCAGAUUUAUUUUUACAGUAUAUAUGCACUUUUUCUUAUCAAUAACUGUUGACCAUGAGCUGCAGAAGUAGAGCUUGAUCAAAAGGGAUCCUAAUGGGGGUUAUCUACUGGAUAUUCUUGCAGUUUGCCCACUGAUGGUUACCAGGAAACUUUAAGCUAGUUUAUGUGCUAAUGUCAAGUGAAGAAACAUGGGACAUUAAUAAUCUAAUGGUAUACAGAAACAUAUUGAUGCUUGAAUUGUUUACAACAGGAGUUACCAGAAUGUAAGCUGCCUUGGCACAUCAAAAGUGAGAAUUUCUCUGGUAAUAAUUGAUUAGUGUACUGUUUACAAUUUUGUUUUAUUGCCGAAGGAACUGUGCUAUGAAAUGAGAAGGGGAAAUAUCGAAUCUUUGCUUUGAACAACUGAAAUCAGACAAACGAAAGCUACAGCACCUAGAGUUUCUAUCAUUUGUGAACAUCCUAUCUCCAAAAUUCACAACUUCACUUGCUCUGUCUUCACCAGAGUUUUAAAAUUGAAUUUGUAUAAAAGGAUUGAAGCGCUUUUGAAAGGAAUAUGGAAACAUGCUGCAGAUUUUAAAGUAAAUGCAUACCAUUUGUAUGUGAGGUUUUUCUAAUUUGAGUAUAUAAACUUGUAUUUCAUCGCAUGCUUUUGCAAUAUGGAUUGAGUGGAAUUAGAUACAUCCACAAACCUGGGAAAUCAAAUAACAAGCCACACUUAUCAAAUAGAUUCUUCUAUUGAUGAUUAAUAUGUUUGUAUUUUUCUGUGCAUUUUAAAAGUGUUAGCUUAAUUAAAAAAAAUUAAAGAAUGGAGGCAAAAGAAUGGAGACAUGUCUGAGGCUUGCGAACCUCCAGGUCAUGGCCUUCACUGACAUGACAGUGGAGGUAUCUAAGACUGACUAAAUUUUUAGUUUGUAGUGUUAGUGGUCCAACAUUUUUGGCUAUAGGGUUAUGGUAUGCAUAACGUAGGCAAUUGCAUUACAGCAGAUUAUUUAACUAUUUCAGCUGCGUGGCUUUUAUUGUUAAUGGACUAUACAGUGUAAUAUUUUUGCUAAAACCUAAUCAGCUAUAUCUUGUGCUGUGAAUGGAGUUAAACAUUACUAAAAAAAACUUUGGAUCAGUUUUGUACUUAAAUUUCUGAACUAUGAAAGCUGAAGCUAAAUUAAAAGUUGGUGGUUUUCCAUGAGUCACAACGUGACUUCCAAUAUCGGAAGAACCCAUUAUUUAUUAUCGGCAAUUGUAAUGAAGUUUGAAGAUGCGGUCUUUAGCUCUAAAUGUGAAUGUAUAUUGUAUUGCAGUAAGGGAGGUUUAAAAUGUAGAACCACCGUGUAUGUGCCUGAAGUCAGCCAACUUGAGAGCACGUGGUGAGGUGCAUCAUGGUGAGAGCACAUGGUGAGGUGCAUCAUGGUGAGAGCACAUGGUGAGGUGCAUCAUGCCAGAGGCCAGACAACCUCUAAAGCAUGGACAGUAUGAAAAGUAUUUAUUUGAUUGGAGUGAAUGCACUAUACAUUUAGCCAGCUAAUGCUUCAGUGUCCGAAAAAUAAGACUAGUCAUUUAAUCCACUAAUUUCAAGAUAUUUGAAAUUAAUACUGUGUGAGCUGGCUAUUGGGUAGUUAAGAUAGUCACAUUCUUGGAUGAAGUUGAUAGAUAAACUUAUGAAUGAAGGAUACUGUGGAAAAUAAGCUCGAUGUCUUUACUUUCCACACUGGAUACCAAAUUUGCACAUCUUGCACUUUUAACAUAAUGUUUCCAGCUACUUCUAAAUGUAAGCAGCACUGUAUACCUUUUAAUACCAAACCAAAAUUAGACAAAAUUCCCAUAGGAUAUUAUGUACAAUUUAGUAUAAGCUUGUAAUUGUUUCAUUUAAAAUAUAAAUUGUAAUCCAAUGACUGAAUUAAUUCACUUUUUUAAUGAAAAUAUUUAAGACUAAAAAUACAGGAGCAGUAAAGUCUACAAUUUUCUUAAAUCUCAAAGCCUUUUCAGGAGGCUGAGCAGUUCUUAAUGUAUGAAAUCACAUGAAACGUAAGGUUGAUUCUGCCUGGUGAGUUGGCCAUCUGUAUAAUUAAAAGAAAUUGUGUUCAGAUUUUUAUAAGCACAUUUUUUUUUUUGCUGACUGACUUUCAAAUACAUUAUUUGGGUAGCCAAAUGUGUCAACCCAUCAGUAAAUCAGACUUGUCAAAUAAAGGACACUUGUGACAGAGCAUGUUUAACAAAAACACUUGGCCUUUCAUUCGUGAUAAGAAAUCCAGGUGGAUCUGCAAAUACCUGUUCACCUGAAUAAUUCGAACCCACAGAACAGGCAUAGCGGGCAUUCUUUACUUUAUUACUGAUGUGUUUGAAAUCUGGUAAAUGCAAGCACACAUGUUUUAUUAUUGCCAUUCCUCUCCCAACUCUGACACAGUGAACCCAGUUUUCAUCAAGGCCAGUAAUCUGUUCACUUGUUCAACAUACAUCAUCAAAGCAAAGAUUCUCCCGACACUCCCCUCGCAUUUCUAGCUUUUUAGCUGGUGCAUGAUGAAUGCACUAUUUAUUUUGUAUGAAUUGUUUGCAGUAAGUUGCACACCGUUUAAGAAGUAAUUGUUUAGGAAAAGAGUAAAAAUUGCUGUGGGUCAUUGUGUAUUUUGUUUCUUAGCUUAAGAGCCCUUUCACCAAUACUGCACAUUGAGAUAUGAAACAUAGAACCACUUUUAUUUGAGAGAGACUGUAUACCCUUUUAAGGAAGGUAGAAAGUUCAGAAUAAAGUUGCAACAUUUGAACAAUUGGAUUUGUUUUUCGAAACUACUGCAAAUUAGUGUUAUUUUUUAAAGAGCAUUUUGCUUAAUUUGAAAAUGGUAAAACUAAUUGUCAAAUCUACACCAAUAUGUUGUUUUAUGCUGGGAUUGAAUUAUUUUGUAAGUUUGAUUAUGUGAAGAACUUGUACAUCAAUUGAUGUGUUAUACAGUCUCCCUCAAACAAUGAGUGCAAUUAAAGGGAAAGCUACCGUAGCUGCUGUUUGUAGGUUUACUGAAUGUGCUGGUAAUCGGGAGUUUACCUGUGUUUUUCUAAUUUUAAUAUUGUCUGUUGUGGCUGGUUAACCACAAUCCAUUGUAGUUUAAAGAUCAUUUUAGUUGGGAAUCAUUUAUAGUGCUUCCUGUCAACGCCAGACCCUUCUGAGGAGUGCAUCAACACUGUACAUUAUUUAUUAUAUUUUGUUAGGGUGGCUACACGUUCAUAAUUUUUAUUUUGUAAAUAUGUGUUGAACCAAGCUUAAGGUAUAAAGACUUAAAAAUGUAAAUAUUUCGUUUAUUUGUACUAAUUAUAAUCCAUUCGCUGUAUAGCAUAGACGUGUAAUGCAGAUAACUAACUGUGUAACUGCACUACUGAACUGUUUAGUGAAUGAGGUAACAAUAAAGGUACAACCAGAGCAUAAGCAAAA